AUGUCGACUCGUUCUUUUCGUCGAGAAGAACAGUCUGCUUUUGCACGGGAAGCUUCACUUGACCCAAGCUCUGUGAGUUUCUUCACGACAGAACUCUUGUCAAAUUAUGACGAACCAAGAUCAGAGGGAUACGAUGAGUACUUCGAUCCGCCUCUUGAAAGUAAAUAUGAAUGUCCAAUUUGUCUUCUUGGCCUGCGAGAGCCGGUGCAGACAAGCUGCGGCCAUAGAUUCUGCAGAGGUUGUAUUCUGCGUUCGAUAAGGUGAGGCGGUAACAAAAAGUAGUUGGUAGAAUAUCCUGUGUGAUUUCUGUGGCUGUCGUUUAAAAAUGCAUAUUUAUAUUACUCUUUUUUGUGCUUUUAAUAAAUUAUAUAGAAGGACUAUAUUUUAAUUUCUGUUAACUGUAAUAGAGAGUUUUGGUGCCUGUUUCCAGAUUAACUGUCUGGUUACAUCCACUGUAAAGGCCUAAGCAUUUUCAAUGUAGGAUUGUUUAAAUUUGAACUGAGACUCAGCGUUUCUGGACAGGGACUCGUGAUUGUUCACAAGAUCAGUACCAGAACUCACCAUAGAUUUUUUUAACAAAAUCACAGUAGUCACAUCUUUCGGAUCUCUCAUAAUAAACCUUUGUUAUAACAUGGAUAUAUGUAUAUGGUUUUACAUGUAUGGCCAGCUUAAAGCAAAGUGAAAGCUGCACGUCAGCACUAAUCAGAAAUUUGAAGUCAUUUUUGUUUGUGCUAUGUCAAUGAUGAGGACUCAACAUCAAUUCCACAGCACUAAACUGUGUCGAACUCUACCACAUUGCCAACAAAAUCCUGAAAAGUAGUCACCAUAAUUGACAAUAAGAUGUUAUGCAUUAGCAUUUACAUGUACACCACCACCCAAAAGUAAGUUGGCGGUCUUGACUCAAUCCUCAAAAGUUGAAACUCAAAUGAAUUGAGUUUCAAGACAAGAAUCAAUUGAGUCUCAUUUUGGGUUUUGAGUUUCAUGAAAACAGUUUCUUACAGGCCAGCCCUAUAUUAAGUGUUAACUGUCACUCUCUUGAAAGAUACAUGUACCCAAGUCACUGUCUUAAUCUUACAUGUAGUUAACAAAUAGAUUCUAUGUUGCCGUGCGUCUGUUCAGUAUUAGAUCACAGAUGACAUCAAGAUGUGGUAAAAACAAUGAAGUGGCACACAAGCCACAGGCGAGUGUGUCACUGAUGUUUUUACCACAUUUUGACGUCCUCUGUGAUCUAUUACUGAACAGACCCACGGCAACAUGGAAUCUAUUUCUUUUUUAAACAAUGAUCAGAAAAGAAAAAAGACUGAUACACAUACCUGCUUCGUACCGCUUGACUGUUUGAGGAUUUGUGCUAGUUUAGGCGUAUUUUAAGUCCCAAGCGCUACUUUUUGUCUCUGCUUCUUCUUUUGUUCUUUAUCUUAUUGUAUACAGUUUCUUCGAAAAGGUUUUCAACGUCUUUUCUUGCUCAAAGCAGAUUAAUGGCGAAAACAUUUUGCAAAACGGCGAGUCUCUCAAAGCGAUGAAACAUGAUGGCAGCUGUUGUGAAGAUUUCUUGUAGUUUAGGCAUUCUAAAGUAGUCAAGACCUCUUUUUGUCCCCGUUUCUUCAUUUUUCUUUCUUGUAAAUAGCUUCUGUUGAACUUUUUUUGAGGAUUUCACUUGCUUUAAUUCGAAAUAAUCUCACAAACAUUUUCAAGACCGCACGCCAUGUUGAACAAAACAAGGAAAACAAGUUUUUGCGUGACAUCAUCCAUGUAUCUGUACUCUGAUAGAUCAUGGGCAAUGACUAAUCACAAUGCUCGUAGCAUUCACAACGUUGUAUAAAUGUAGAUAGAUAAUGGUUUGGACCCAGUUCUUCUCAAGUCACCAUAUGUCUGCAUCACUAUAUUAUUGUUACUAUCUUGUAAUAUGGAGUGUAACUUUCAAUGUACAUGUACAGGACUAUCAUUGUUAACUUUGACUGAUGAUUUACAUUGUAAUUGGCAGCCUGUGCAGAUUGGUCAUCUUCAUAAUUACUGCGAGUUCAAAGAAUAUAAAGAAGUAUUGGUUAGAAAACAUUCUGGGUCUUAGAUUUAUGUUUUUUAAUACUCUUGACAUUUCAUUACUUAGGUUUAAAAACUAGUUUGCAAUUCUAAAAAAUUUCAGUCCUUAACAAAAGUAUAGUAGUUCACAUGAUUAGAAUAAGUGAUCGUAAAAAGAUUUUUUUAUUGCUUUGUGGGUCUAAAAGGUUAUCUUGACUCUGGAACAACAAUCCCUAUUUUUCAUAUUAUUUGUUAGUGUUGAUAGUUUGCCCAGGCCUUCUGUGUUUAUAAGUCAAAGUGAAUUGAAACUAAUGGACAAUUUUUAUUUAACCUUUCAUGCACACAUUUCCCAUUUCUAUUGCAUCAUUGCAGGAAAAGGAUAUCUGUAUGCAACUAAAAGUGUAAAUAACGACAUCCAUUCACAUUUUGGCUUUUCUGUAUUCCCUAUUCUGAAGGUCACGUGGACACAUUUUACUGAAACAAACACAUGUCAGUGCCUGUUGUUACUUUGGAUUUUCUGCUUAUUCUUGCAUCUUGCACAUUUGCCAUUAAUAAUGUUUGACACUUUUGAAACUGAAAGCCUUUGGUUUUUCUUUUUGAAGGUGUAAACUAACACUUUCGAGUUAUUAUUUGUUCCGAUCUAUAAGCCCAAUCUUCCCUAUAAAUCUUACAUUAAUUAGCACUUGCAUUCAAGUCUCUGUGGCUACAGCUCAUCGAUUAUUUUGGAAAUGCUUUGGCUAGUUUACAAUAGAUAAAUUAGUCCAACAUUAGCAUCCUACAUGUAUGCAGAUGCUUUCUUGACUCAUCAUGCACCUUUUCAUUUAGGAGAAUUAUUGUGUGACAGGUUAAAAAAUGUCUGUGAAGAAGCCGAUAUGCAUAUCCCAAAGACGAGCCUUAAUGUGUCAAGGUUUUCGUUGCUUAAGAUAGUUUAAAACAGGACUUAAAAAAUAAUUAAUAAUUAAUUAUUGUGUGAUUUCAAGCAUUUAUUUUCGUAGAGUGACAGCAAACCUACACUAAUUUUGUAGUCUAUAUGUUUUUAAAAAGACCCUUUUCAGAUGGAAAAAAAAAACCAUUUUUACCAACCAACAAAACAAUACAUCAUCAUAGUUACAUGUACCAGUGAAGAUUAUCUAAGACAUUAGAUAGUGAGAGCCAAUUUACUUGUUCCAAAAAUAAUGAAAUUUAGGCAAGAAUAAAAUUAAUCUAGUAAUGCCAAUAUACUUUAAUCAUCUUAUAAAAUCAAUUGUUUAUCUUGAAUUUAUUUUGUAAUAUUGAGGUGGUUUCUACUGAAAUAAAAAACUUGCACAGAUUGAGCUAGAAACUAAUCAGUAAUUAACACAACAGCUUUUUAUUGAAUGUUGUGAAUCAAAAGUGCAAAUUAUUGUUUUAAAUGCUUGGCAGGCAAUAAUUUUAGUGCCACUUGGCUUUGUUACAUAUUACAGUUUGAUUGUUAUCAAUGGAAAGCAUCAGAAAAAGUCUUAAGAAUGUGCUUUUUGGUGCUUAUGUUCACGUAAAAAGUCUCUCUUUAUGUGAAACUAUACAUAUUAAAAUAAUUCAUUUGCAUUAUCAUUGGCAUUCUUUAAAAACAAUUUUAGUCCUAUACUAGAAACCUCUAUUUAAUGCAUGACUGGUCACAGAGACAUGUUUGAUCAGCAUCAUUUGGCUUCGUUUCUUUCAACAUACAUGUAUAGUGGAUAUGCUAUGUGCACUGUAUGACACUGUAGCAUCCUUUUAAAAGGGGAAAGUUGUAGGACUAAAUGACUUGUUUGAGACAAAAUAACUAUAUUGUUAGUGAAAGUGUAUGACAUUGCUAAGAGAACAAUACUCGGCCUGAUCUUAUUUAUCGUUGUAUAAAUGACAUCUCUACAUACAUAACAUCAACAGUGAAAAUCUACGCUGAUGACACCAAAAUCUAUCACGCGAUCAAUGAGCCUGAAAAGGAUACAUGAUGUAUAUCAGCCUUGCAGCUUGACCUGAAUAGAUUAAGCAAGUGUUCUAACAAGUGGCAGUUGCGCUUGAAUCGUGAAAAAUGUGAAGUCAUGCGUGCAACGCACAGGAGGGACAGAUUUAAGCCAAGUUACUCUCUAGGUGUGCAACUAAAAUCUGUUAAAAGUGUUAAGGACCUGGUAAACUACGAUCUAUCUUGGGGUAAACAUGUCUCCUACAUAGUAAACAAGGCGAAGAAAGUGUUAGGUGUAAUCAAGCGAUCACUCAGAAACGACAGUCGGCUUGCGUUUUCUUGCCUCUUCAAGUCAUUGGUAAGACCUAUACUCAAAAUAUGCCACCCCGGUCUGGAGCCCUUACCAAAUAAAGGAUAUUGAAUCCUUGGAAAAAGUCCAAAGAAGAUCAUCACCGUUGGCCCUUGAAGCAAAAGCGUGGAGAAAUGAACUAUAAAGACUGAGUUGGCAAACUCUGGACAAACAGAGAGUUCUUACAUGUAUCUCUAGGACAGUGCUACAACAGCCUUCCUUUUCCGGACUAUUUUGAGCUUACCAAGUGUAAUCGAACUAGAGCCAAGCAUGAUUAUAAGCCCUAUGUAAAAUUUGCCAUCCUAAACUGCUACAAAUAUUCUUUUUUUGUACGGAUCGUUAAUGUGUGGAAUAACUUGCCUAAAGAUGUUGUACACGCAGGAUCGCUGACUUUAUUUCGCAACAGAUUAAGGAUUAUUUUAUAUGAAUAUUAAUUUAUACAGUUGUAAAUAGUUUCAAUUAUGAUAUGCAAAUAAUUUUUUUGAUUCUAAUGUAGUUUUUAGUUUUUUAGAUUUUUUCUCUGUAUGGAAUGUUUUAAAUUCUAGAUUUUACAUUUUUUCGCUUUUACUUUGGGGAGUCUUUUAUAUAGGGAUAGCCUCUAGAUGUAAAGUAAAAUAAAUAAAAAGAUAAAGUAUUGUUGAUACCUCUUACUAACCUACAAUGUUCGUGUAGAUAGGUUUUGUGGUUGAAAAGAAUGAUAUACUGCAGGGGUUGAGAAGUUUGAAUUAUGUUUUAGAGUAUAAUAGGCAACAGUUUUAAACAGUUCUCAUAGGCAUUCAAGUAAAAAUCUAGACCCUGCUUCAUGGCAGAAAAGUUGGUUGUGGUGGGUAAUGUGACGAAUAUUAUAUUGAAAACCCUGUUUGUCAAAUUACAGGAAGUAGUUUCAUGAGAGAGUAGCUAUCAGCACUUUGCAGGUGUCUAUAUAUUUCAAACAUGAUUAUAAUUUGUCACCUUGACAGACUGUCCUUUCCUUGUACUAUUUUUAGGGAUGCUGGUCCCAAGUGCCCUGUGGAUAAUGAACGUUUAAAUGAGUCACAGGUAAUUAUUGAUAACGUCAGUAAGCACUUUUAA